AUGGCUUUAAAUAUUGAAUCUAAUAUCGUUGGGCAGGAAAUAAUAGUUCGUUUGGAAAUAAUUGGUACUGUAUCUCACGAAAAUAGAUCUGUCUCAACUAAUGUUUCCAACAUUUCACGUAGCAAUGAAUUACCACAGAGUGAGCAUGAAAAUGUCGAAGCCAAUGAUUUAAAUUUCAAUGUUCCGAGUACAUUUUUAACGGAUUAUAAAAAAGAAGACAAUCAGUUACGUUUAAAUAAAGGGUACUGUCGAACACAAGGUUGCUCUUCUAGAUAUACAUUUACCAUAUAUUCGGAUAUUGAGGAAGGAUCUCCAAUUACUGUACAUGUUCAGAAAACAGAAGACCCCAAAUGUAAUAAAGUUGCAGCUGAGAUCAAAAAAGUAGAUGAAAAAAUUGAAACAGAUACAAAUUUUUUCUAUUCCUUAAAUUUGUAUUCUAAACGACAAAGUCGAUUUAUAGAUACAAUAGAUGUUGAUUUCAAUACGACUUUAAUAGAAUGUUUAUUGCAAGUAUUCAACAGCAUGACUCUCACAGAAUACUUGGAACUUAUAUUAUUUUGCAGUUAUUCAGAAACAAGUGUUCAGUAUAAUAAUGCUCUUCGUAAGAUCAAAGAUAUGUCAUUAUCGCAAGAUGAUUUCCCAAAAUCAAAUAUUUCUGAAUGCUGUCAACAGAAUUUACAAUGUCAGAAUUUCUCACAAAAUACGAUUAAUAAAUCAAAAUGUGAAAAAUCAUUAAAUUUGAAAUCUGAAGAUUAUGAUAAAAAUCCAAACCUAUUUCUUGAUCAACUUGCAAAAAAUCAUUUUCAAAACAUUGCUAACGCAAUUAAUGCAAAAUCUAUUCACACUGAAAGAACAAAUACCAAAAAUCGCAAGUAUAUGGAAAAAGAUAUAAAAAGUUGCAAAGAUGAAGACGAAGAACAAUUACAUAAUUUAAGUGAAAAAAAACUAAAUUUAGCAACGGAAGUGUGGAUGGACAAAAAGAAGAAAAAUACAGUAAAUACAUAUUUCAAAUCACCAAAGUAUAUAUCUCAAGCGAAAAAAAUCAAUGAAAAUUCAAAAAAAGUUGAAAGUGUAGUGGAUUUACUUUCAAAUGUUAAGUUGAUAAGUGGAAAUUUGAAAAAUGGAGACUUAUUAGUGGAAGAUUCAAUGGAAAAUGCAAGAAAGCGUUCAAACUGUGAUAAGCCAAUUUUAUUGGAAACUCCACGACCAACAAUUGCAUUUUCAAAACCUUGGUCGGGACACAAAUUCCCAAAAGUUUGGGACAAGAAAGAAGUAUUUGUUUCAGGGAUUAAGGUUGACGACAGAAGCUUUCGAACCUUAAAGAUUCACGAAUGCCUUGACGAUGCAGUAAUCGAUUCAUUUAUUGCAAUAUGUGCGUCAAAGUUCACUGAUAUCAACCUAUUAAAUUUCUCCGUCUACAAUGUUUUGGGCAUCAUUAAUGAAAAUUAUAAACCCGAAUUUUGUUUAAACUGGUGCCAGAACAUUCGGGCAAAAAAUUACGAUGCCUGGCUACUUCCUGUCCAUGACAGUGAAGUUCAUAAUACUGGACAUUGGACGCUAUUUUUGGUCGUCUUUAGCCAAAAAUACAUCAUAUAUUUCGAUAGUUUAAAAGGCGAUCCAGUAGAAAAGUGGGUUAGUAAACUUUGCGCGUUAAUAAAUCAAACAUUUUGCCACAAGCCAGAGAUUUUCACGGACUGGGCACAAUGGACGCUAAUAGCACCAAAAGAUGUUCCAAGUCAAGGACAUGUUCGUGGAAGCAGCAAUAAUUGCGGGGCGCAUUUGUGUACUUGGGCUUGGACACUUUAUUCUGGCCAGGAGAUUAAUUUUACCGAAUAUGAUAUGAACAAAGUGAGACCAUGGAUACAACACGAAAUCGAAACAUCUCAAACAAAAAAUGAACAAAGACAAAGGCAAAGAUGUAAAGUACUGUCCGAGAAGAAUUUGCAAGUACAAGAC